AUGCUGGUGAAGGCGGAGGUCCUGGCGCCGCCCGCCGAGGACGAGCUGCUGCUGCUGGGGCUGGGCUCUCCCGCCCCCUCGCCCUCGCUGCCGUCCAGCGCCGAGGAGGAGGAGGAAGAGGAGGAGGAAGAGGAGGAGGAGCUGCGCGCCGCCCCGCCGGCUCGCCCCGUGGAGGCUCCGGGCGGCCGCGGGCUGCGGCGGGCGGAGGGGAAGCGGCGGCCGGGGCGGUCCCGGGGCGCCCCGCGGGCGGCGCGCACGGCGGAGACGGCGCAGCGCAUCAAGCGGAGCCGGCGGCUCAAGGCCAACAACCGCGAGCGCAACCGGAUGCACAACCUGAACGCGGCGCUGGACGCGCUCCGCGACGUGCUGCCCACCUUCCCCGAGGACGCCAAGCUCACCAAGAUCGAGACGCUCCGCUUCGCCCACAACUACAUCUGGGCGCUCACCGAGACCCUGCGGCUGGCCGGGGCGGCGCGGCUCGGCCCCGACGGGGCGGCGGCAGCGGCGGUCCCCGCCGAGGGCAGCCCCUCGCCCGCUUCCUCCUGGAGCGGCGGCGCCGCCAGCCCCGCGCCCUCCGCCUCCCCGUACGCCUGCACUUUAUCGCCCGCCAGCCCCGCGGGCUCCGCCUCGGAUCCCGAGCACUGGCCGGGCCGCUUCGCCCCGGGGCCGCCGCCGCCGCUGCCCCGCCGCUGCCUCUAG